GAGACGCCCCCAGAGCAGGACCCAGGACCGUGCGGGAGGCUGCGCGCCGAUAGUCGAGUCCGCGAGAGCGCGAAGUGAACGCGAGUGCAAUAUUCUGGAUUACAGUGUCAGUGUGUGUGUGUGUGUGCGUGAUGUGGUGCAGUGCGACGUUGUGAGUGCGGUGUGUGCAGUGCUCCGUCAAGUGUGUUGUCAGUCGGCUAAAUGUGCCACCCCGACUGGGGCAGGCGUCAGCCACAAAGUACGUCGACAUGGUGGCUGUGCACUCGGCAUCUUGUGAGAGAGAGCACCGGAGUAGACCGUGCCCCGCGGCCGCCGUGCCCCCGAAGGCCCCCCCGAAGGCCCCUUCGCACGACUCGGAUCUGUUCAUAAGGACCAGCUACUCCGAUGCUGCCAUCGGCCUGGCUCAGCUCGACAAGGAGAGGACUGGUACUGUUCUGAAGCGCACCGGACUCAGUGUUCUACUGACAUCACUGAGCAUAAUGUGUGCUUUGUUUGCUGCCGCUAUCAUCCCAAUUCCUGCACUGAGGGUCUUCUCACUGCAAGCUGCUGUUCUGGUGCUGUUCAACUUGGGUGCCAUGCUGCUUGUGUUCCCAGCCAUUGUUAGCUUAGAUUUACGCAGGAGAGCAUCUAGAAGAGCUGAUUUGUUGUGCUGUGCCAUGCCAUCACCAAAUGAUGAGGACGAGGAAAACCUCUGGCCUUGCUUCGCUGUAACUGUCCCUCCAAGGCCUCACUAUCACCAUACCAGGCUUGCCCCCAAUCAACCUCGCAAGCUGCAAGCAAUCCCUCGUGCCUUACCUGCAGGCCGCUCUCAACAUGGAGCAACUGCUGACGUUUUAAAGUCUGCAUCUCAACAGGAGUGUUGGGUUGGUUCCCAAGAAAACAACGAUGUUGAGAAGGGUGAAACUGACAGUUUGCAAGCACAAGAUUGCCAGCCACAAGACUGCUGGUCAUUUUCACUCACAAUGGUUGCUUCAAAAUAUUUUGCUCCUUUUGUGACUCGUCCCUCAAUCAAAGCAUUUGGUAUGAUAGGCUUCUGCAUUGUACUGGCUGGAAGUUUGUGGGGAGCCAUGAAAGUUACAGAUGGCUUAGAGCUUACUGACAUUGUGCCACAAAACACCGAUGAGCACGCAUUCUUGUCAGCUCAAGGACGAUACUUUGGUUUUUAUUCAAUGCAUGCUGUUACAAUGGGAGAUUUUGAAUACCCUACAAAUCAGAAGAUGCUCUUUGAAUACCAUGAUGCAUACAUGAGAAUACCUGCUGUUAUCAAGAAUGAUGAUGGAGGCCUGCCAGAUUUUUGGCUCAACAUGUUCAGAGACUGGCUCAAUGGUCUUCAAAAAGCUUUCGAUAGAGAUUGGGCUCGAGGGAGCAUCACCCAGGAAAGGUGGUUCUCAAAUGCUUCUGAUGAAGGCAUCUUGGCUUACAAACUACUGGUUCAGACAGGCCAUGUUGACAACCCGAUUGACAAGAGCUUGGUGACUCAAGUGAGGCUGGUUGAUGCUGAUGGCAUGAUAAAUGCCAAGGCUUUCUACAACUACCUCAGUGCAUGGGCAUCAAAUGAUGCUCUUGCUUAUGGUGCAAGUCAGGCUAAUUUAAGGCCAGAGCCAAGGCAAUGGUUUCAUGCAGCUGACGACUAUGAACUGAAAAUUCCAAAGUCAGCUCCCUUGAUAUACGCACAAAUGCCAUUCUAUUUACAUGGACUUGGUGACACUGAGAGUAUAACUAAGUUAAUUGGACAAGCUAGAACUCUGUGUGAGAGAUUUGAGGAAAGAGGCCUUCCAAACUUCCCUUCAGGUAUACCAUUCCUGUUUUGGGAACAGUAUGUUGGUCUUCGAUGGGCUCUGGGACUUGCGCUAGCAAGUGCCCUUGGAGCUGUUUUUGUGGUUCUCUCCAUCCUUCUGCUCAAUCUGUGGGCAGCUUUGUUGGUUGUCAUCACACUGGGUGGUAUGGUACUGCAACUUCUUGGCUUGAUGGGAAUAUUAGGGGUCAAGCUGAGUGCAGUACCUGGUGUGCUACUCAUCGUAGCAGUUGGCAUAGGUGUACAUUUCACUGUUCACAUUUGCUUGGGCUUUGUAACAAGCAUUGGAGGCCGUGAUAGACGCACAAGACUUGCCAUUGAACAAAUGUUUGCUCCAGUUGUUCAUGGAGCCUUUACAACACUCUUAGCAGUGCUAAUGUUGGCCUUCUCAGAGUUUGACUUCAUUGUAAGAUAUUUCUUUUAUGUGCUUUUAGCACUCAUCGCCGUAGGUUUGAUUAACGGUCUAGUCUUCUUUCCAAUAUUAUUAUCCCUCAUUGGGCCAUCGGCAGAAGUUGUACCAUAUGAAUUCCCAGAUAGAAUUUCAACACCAUCACCUGAACCUUCACCUGUUCAAGUUCGUGCAGGAUCAUGUCGGGUUGGUAAGGCACCUCCUUCUCAUUCCUCGAGACGAAGUCGAAGUCGAGAGGCAUGUGCUAAGAUACAUGCUGAACCCUCACUGACAACUAUAACAGAGGAACCAGGUUCCUGUCACUCGACACAUGAGACAAUUGUGGUGCAGCCUGAGCUUGUUCUUGAAACAACCACCACCACUACACACAACAAUGGAAAUGGUGGAAGUGGAAGUGAAACAACUUCAUCUGCAAGGUCGAGUCCAGCUCCAGGUCAGACCAACAGUUAUACUACUAAAGUUACAGCUACAACUAAAGUAAAACUUGAGCUGCAUACACCAUUGUCAAGUUCUGUAGAACGGUGUGAAUCUAGAAGAUCAUCUAGGAGUCGAUAUAGAUCUGAAUCUCGAUCGGGUUCCAGCUCAGGUUCAGGAUCUGAUUCUUGUGAUGGAUCUGGGCGAUCAUCAUAGUAUCUUGUUUCAUUUUGAAAAUUUUAAUGCCAUUGUAAACUAGAAUCCCGAUGGCUUAAAUUAAUUUUGAUCUGUACCUGCCAAUUGCAAUUUUUAAAAUGUUGUUACUUAAUUUUGUAGAAAGUUAUUUGCCGCAAUUAGCCCUUGAAAUGUGAUACCACAUGCACACUUAGCUGUUUUUUAAUUUUAUUUUUUUAAACUCUUUUGUCAAUUUAAGAGAGAAUUUAGGUAACUUGCCAACUCCUUCCUCAUUUGUAUAUGAGUCAUUUGUCAAAGUCAUUGUAUUUUGCAUGUUUUAGUGCACUCUGGAUAUUUUGUACCAUGACACCUGUCUAGUCACUGGGCUAACUUUCUGUUGGUGAAGACCUGUACUUAAUAGGCCCAGUGCAUUUAUGUAACCAGAGUUGUUUGCUUUGUAUGUUGAAUUUAUGCGGGUCUAAGUGGCUAUGGAUUGGAGUCCUGCAUUUACGUAGUCAUUAUAUUUGCCUAGAAUUAUGCCAGUAGAUAAGGCAAGAAGGUUGUGCUCUCAUCAACAUGUGGAAUAGCAUGUGUAAAUGAAAACAAGACUUGUAUCAUUUUUUAAUUUAAAA